AUGGCCCUCCUAGACGAACUCCCCACCAGCGUCAUCGCCGAGAUCGUCAUCCAGCUGAACCCCCGCCUCUACAUCGACUUCAUAAGACACUUACCCGCCGAGAUAUGCCUCAAGAUCCUGGGCUAUCUCGACCCUGUCUCCCUCAUCCACGUCGCACAGACAUGCCGAGCCUGGUACGAUCUGGCCCUGGACCGCAAGCUGUGGGAGAAGCUAUACUACCUCGAGGGAUGGAAGGCCGUCACGUCAGAGAUCCAGGCUUGGGAGGAGAAGGUAAACGACGGGCUUAAUCUGUCCGCUCAGGGACAACUCCAACGAGUGACAUCGUCAGAAGACGGCCAUGUCUUCAAGAAGCGGGCAAUAUCGUUGUCUCCGCGCAUGGACAAUGACCGGGACUACAUCAUGUCAGAUCUCGAUCGGCCUCUCCGCCAGGAGCCAAGGGACGUCGAGAUGGGUGAAGGGAGCAGCAUAUUCGGGGGACCGGGCAACAUGACGAGAAGCUCCAUGACUCCCGCGAUGGGCAACCUCGACAUGGGCGGCUCCGGCUCGAGCUGGAGUUCGGCCAAGGGGAAGAGCAUCGACAAAGGCAAGGGCAAGGCCCUAUCGCCCCCUCUGAACCCUACUUUCGUCAAGGAAGACUCGCUGCCCGAGAUGGUACCGUCUGAGCUCCCUGCCGGACUACCAAAGUCGACGCUGUGGAUGUGGGAUUCUGCGUCAGGCCGCUACAAGAUCAACUGGAAGUAUCUCUACACCCUGAGGAGGAGGCUCGAGUCCAACUGGGAGCUCGGAAAGUUCAAAAACUUCCAGCUACCCCAUCCCGACCACCCGGAGGAAGGACACAAUAAUGAAUGCAUCUACAGCUUGCAGUACAACUCAGAAUACCUCGUCAGCGGCAGUCGAGACCGGACGCUACGGAUAUGGAAUCUACAGACUAGGAGGCUGGUUCGCGAUCCGCUAGUAGGCCACAAUGGCUCAGUUCUGUGUCUACAAUUCGACUCAGACCCCGACGAGAACCUCAUCGUGUCGGGAAGCAGCGACUCGGAUGUCAUCCUCUGGGAGUUUUCCACCGGCAGACUGAUUCAGCGUCUGCGUAAGGCACAUCGCGAGUCUGUCUUGAAUGUCAAGUUUGACAAGCGGAUACUUGUCACCUGCUCCAAAGACAAGAGCAUCAAGAUAUUCAACCGCAGACCCCUCCGCCCCGGCGACCCCGGCUAUGGCGAUCUCCCCGUCAACCCCGUACCCGUUCACCUGAAGAACUACGGUUACGACCUACCGUCCGCUCUGGACCAACUUCCCAUCAAGCCCGCCUAUACCAUGAUUGGCAGCCUAGAGGGCCACGGAGCCGCCGUGAAUGCCGUGCAGAUCGUCGAUAAGGAGGUCGUAUCUGCUAGUGGCGAUCGAUCCAUCAAGGUCUGGGACUGGCAGAGCGGUAUCUGCCGGCGGACGUUCCUGGGCCACGGCAAGGGCAUCGCGUGCGUCCAGUAUGACGGCAAGCGGAUCGUCUCCGGCAGUAGUGACAACGAGGUGAAGGUGUUCUGUCGUCAGUCGGGCGUCGAGGUUGCGAGCCUCAGGUCCCACUCCGACCUGGUGCGCACUGUCCAGGCUGGCUUUGGCGACCUGCCGUACAGCGCCGAGGAGGACGCCGCCGAAGCUAAGAAGGUCGAUGAGGCGUACUUCAAGGCACUGGAAGAGGGCAAGGUGUCCAGCACACCCCAGCGAGGCCGACCCGGUAAUGCCGGUAGCAGACGGCCGGAGGACAUCACUGCGUACGGAGCUAGAUUGCCACCCGGUGGUGGAGGUGGAAGGUACGGACGAAUUGUCUCGGGAUCCUAUGAUAAGAGCAUAAUUAUCUGGAGACGAGAUAAGGAGGGCAUCUGGAAGCCGCAGCACCACCUCAAGCAAGAAGAGGCGGCGACAGCUGCUCAGCGCCACAACGCUCCAGGUUCCAUCAUCCCACUCCAUCCCUCCGUACGACCCGCUGCACCUGGUACCAAUCCCGGAACAGGUUCACCUACAGCCACAAGUGCUGCCCCUGCGGCCCCAACUGCAGGUCCCAGCGCCAUAAUGCCAGUUGCCCCGGUCGUACCAGGGCCGUCAACUAUCCCGGCCAUUCCACACUUCACUCACCCGAACCAGAUCGUCCAGAUCGAAGAACCCAUCAUCGCGACCAUGACCCCCUCAUCUCAACAGUCCUAUGCCCAGCUGAUCGACCUCAUCGUUCCACAGGGCGUCCACGCCUUGCAGCAGGCACUCGCCAGCUAUCCUACCAUGCUGACGCUACACAGCCACCUACAAGCUGCCAUCGACCGGGAGCCGAGCACAUUCGUGAGGUCGCAGCUUCGCCAGGCGGUCAGCACGGCGCUUGUGCGGACCCAACUCGCCCACGCAAGGGCCAGACAGGUUGGGCUACAGCAAGCUGCCAUGGGAUCGAUCAACCCGGCCGGACCGGCCACGAUGGGAGAGUCUUCGGCGUCUGGUGCGCAGCAGGCACAGGCGGGUCAACAGCCCCUUGUCGCAACUGGGACCACCGGCAAUGCGAGUGCACACGCGUCGGCGCAGGCAGAGACGAGCGCUGGCCCGGCAGGAGGGCAGUUGAUCGCUCAGGCUGAUCCGGUUGCUUCUGCAUCCGGAGCUCCACCAACUAUACCGGCAGCGGCGGCGGCUACUGCUGCUGCUCCUCAUCACAAUGCUGCUGCGCCUGCUCAACCACACGGGGCGGGCCAAGCGGCAGCGGCUCAGCAUCACCCGCAUAUCGCCGGCGCUGGUGCUACCGAUGCAGCGAACCCGGCUAGGGUGUACAAGCUGCAGUUCGACGCCCGCAGGAUCAUCUGUUGUAGCCAGACCAGCGUGAUUGUGGGCUGGGACUUCUGCAAUGGCGACCCGGAGCUGGAAGAGGCGGCCAAGUUCUUCGCGACUGUGGAUUGA